CUUUUGUGUACUUCCUGGAUUAAGAGGUCUUAACUUCCUGUUUGAACGUCUACUGACUUCACACAGGAUCUGCAGGGGUACGACGGGAGAAACACUUUCAUCAGACUAACACACCGUCCUGGGGCCCACGGCCAUGUCUUGUCAAGAGGGAAUGAAGAAGCCUUACCGCAGCUUGGUGAAGACGGCGCAGUCCACGCGGAGGCUGAUCGCCCGGAAUACUGUAGGGCGAUGUGGAGCAGAGCUCUUUCUAGGACUGACCAUAUUGGCACUGGGAUGGCACGUCGCCCUGGCGGUAAUCGGUGCGUCCCACAAGAACGAGUGCCGGAAUAUUCCUUUGCUGCCUGUGGUGAUGGUUCUACUGGGGGGAACAGGGAUAAUAAAAUGCCUGUCCUUCAUCCUACAGUUGCUAAUCAUCGUCACGGUGUGGAGAAAGAAGAAGAAUGCGGGCGCAGAUUUCAUGAGUGAGACCAGUGGGCUGGACAAUAGUAUGAACUGGACCUACAUCAUCGUACUUUUAGCAGGAGACAUAUCAGCAUUUUCUACAUCAGACAAUACCUGCAACAGGCUGAUGUUUGACUCGGCCUUCUACACCUUCAUCAUCAUGACAGUUAUUAUCAGUGUUCUGUUUAUUGUGGACUUCACAGUGUUUCUAUACAAACGUUGCUAUACCAUGAAAGACGACGAAGAAACAUCUGACCCCGAGUAACUGUGUCAAGGUCAAACUCCAACAUCUUAUUUCUGAGGAACCAACCCAGUGAAUUCUUGCACCGUGUUAGAUUCCAACAUGUAUAAACUGCGACGGUUUUCAAUUAUGAAACACCAAAAAAAAAAAAACCAACCUUUCAGCUAUCGAUCUUAACUAUAGCGUUUUAUUUUGAUAAUUUUACAUACAUACAAGAUCUUAUGUCAUUUAAUUUCAUUUAAUUGUGUUUUAUCAUGGCAUUCCUCUUCUAACCCUUGUAAAGCGCCUUAGAGUAAUUAAUUUUAUACAAGGCGCUAUAAAAUUUUUAUUAUCAUGUCACGGAUAUUGACAGAACUAUGUGCAUUUAUUUAAAUAUUUAUUGAUAUUUCCAUAUUACACAUUCCAAAAAUAUACAAUAAAUUGUUUUAAUCUAAA